UAAUAGAUGCAUUAAUUUACCAACCUGCUGAAACUAUUGCGAAUGCGUAACAAAUUAUAUUUAUCCAUACAGUUCAUUUGUUUAGUUGAGGCACUGAAACACCGGUAAGAGGCCUUUGUUUUAGCAACAGGUGUCCUUUGAACCCGGAACUGACGACAACUCCCGCCAGUGAAACUCAAACAACGAUCAGCUGUGUCACAACUGUUACUUUAUGCAAACACCAUGUCUCAGUUACUAGGCAAGAACAAAUUCCGCCGAUCAAAAGGUCCUGGCGUCAUCUUGCGCCAGUUGGCCGGUGUAAAAGGGGCGGGACCAUGGACAAGUGGCUAGCACGCUAUAGCAACGGCAGCAGCUGGCGCACUUAGGCCCUCCCACUAUUGCACGGCAACAAAAGGAUUUAGUGGAAAAGUUUAUCUUGUAGUUUAGCUGCUUGACAGCAAGUCGAGGACCGCCACGUAGUCCUCCAGGAUACACCGGCCGGGCCCGUUAGUCAGAAACCUGUGACACGUUUUAGUUUGUCACCGUGGCCUGCACAGUUCAGGAACCCCUCCCCCUUCUCUCUUUCUCUCUCUCCGAGUCUUGUAAAAACUUACGUUAAACUAAGUUUAGUGGGGAUAUUUAGGAAAAAUGUCGGUGCUUAUACAGGCAGCUAUAGUUUUUGCCGUACUUUCCCUGUCGGCUUCGGACAUACACUUCCCUAAGGACAUGCGGACGGAUGUCCAGUUUCCACCGAUCGUGAAGAGAAGCGACUCCGGUCUUCCUGACGGACACCUCCGGCCUCUGGGCUACCAGAAAAAGCCAGAGGCCCGUGUGAAGGAGUACCAAGAGCUGUUGGCCCCAAGGGAAUUCUGGGAGCAGCAUGUGCAGCACAGAGUCCCACUUGUCUAUCGACAGGCCGUUGUCAAGGCCCCCGCCUUCACCAAGUGGCAGACUGAUGAUUACAUCAGGGAAAAGUAUGGAGACUUGGAUGUCCUGAUAGAGAAGAAGGUGGAGAGCAGAGAUGCGCAGCCUCAGCAGAUGCCUCUGAAGGAGUUUCUGGACAGUUACGAGUACGAGGACUGGUAUGUCAUGUCGCUGCUGCCAGAUCCAAUGAGAGAAGAGAUGAUGGUCCCGCGCUCGAUACUCUGUGGAACGUUCCGGCAGCACAUCCUGGAGUCGAACCUGUGGAUCUCGGCAGGCGGGACCAGCUCUGUCCUGCACUAUGACGCUGACCACAACCUGCACUGUCUGCUGUCCGGCCGCAAGGACUUCAUCCUGAUCCACCCCAAGUAUGCUGACCAGCUGGACCUGGAAGAGAAGAGAAAGUUUUCUGGCUCGGGUUAUUCGACCAUGAACAUGGACAUGAUCAACAUUUUUACAAACCCUCACAUCGCCAAGAUUCCCUGGACGUGGGCAACCCUUCGACCUGGAGACUGUAUCUUCAUACCUUCAGGCUAUUUCCAGCAAGUACGUUCCUAUGGGCGGAGCAUGGCAGGUACCAUUAUGUGGUCGCCCCUGCCAGAGUUUGAUGACUCUGACUGUGCAACAACCGAUAUCGACAAGUACACACCACUGAGUCAGGUCAACAUGAUGUGGACGUAUAAGAAGGGUGACAAGGUCUUAGCGAUGAGACAUAUGGACCCUGAGGUAUUGCGGGCGGGGUUGCUAACGUUGUUGAAAGACCGUGAUCGCCUGCGUCCCGAACACUUUGAGUACUUCUAUGAAGACCUAAUGGGUGACAAGGCUGAUGCACCCCGUGCUCGAGAGAUCUUUGGUCUCCUGGACCAGAAGAAGAAGGGUUUUGUCUCUAUGGAAGAGAUCAAGGACAUGGACGUGUCAGUCCUGAAGAACGUCGCUCGGCACCUGGACAGUCCGCACGGACCAGUCAAGGAUCACGAUCACUCUCACGACGAACUAUAACAACAAUCAGGGGCUCUAGGAGCGCCGUAAUUGUUGCAAGCAGGUCUUUGUAACUUCCUUCAUUGUUGCCAUAGCAACAGAAAGAGAGUUUAGUCUUUAAUAGACUGCAUCUGGUUGGUCUGCCUUGGUGAAUGUCUGUCUGAUGAGUGAAAAUGAAGAAUAUAGAAGCUCAAUUUAUUGUCAGAGUAAUGACAUCAUUGUGACCUUCUUUUCGUGAUUGCAUUUAGUGUUACCAUAGCAACAGCAAGAGAGUUAUCUAUAAAUGAGUUAGCCUGCAGCUAGUUAGAGAGCUUUGGCUGCCUGUUAAGUGAGAAUGAAAUAUGAAGUUCGAUCUGCUGGUAAUUUAUUGAGAUCAUCUUGAAUUUCUCUUUCAUUAAUGUGUUUAGCGUUGCCAUAGUUACAAAACUGUGCUUACAUUUUGAUUCAUCUUCUCUUCGAUACGUUAAACGAUACCAAAAUGAUACACUACUAAAAUAGUUCAUCCAAAAUAUGUACAGCUUUUUAGUGUUUAAAGAUUUUUGUACCUACUGGUUAUGUUUACCUAGUAGACUUACUUGUGAAACAACAGAUGACCCUGAAUGUAUUCAUAAGAACAACAGUAACAAAGAUGCUGAAACACAGUAUGAUAGGGUUUUUCAAAGGUUUUUAUAAUUUGAAAUAACAAUGCCAAUCUUGGUACUCACUUCUUUGGGUACUUGUGUUGAGCAGAUGGCUGUUGUGCAAAGUAGACUGUGAACAGUUGUCAGACGACUUGUACCAGUGACAGAACUGUAUGUAUCGUUGUAAGGUUUCAUUUGCUUUAAAGAUGAAAGAAAAAUGUAGAUCCCUAUGAUAUGAUAUACUUUGGAUGCUUUAGAAAGACAUUUUUAGUAUGACAUUUAAGUCGUAAUAAGACUGUACUCAUGGUAUUCACUCGUCACCUUUUUGUGUGCAAAUAUCGGGAAAUAAAGCAACAUCCGCCGA